AGUUAAAAAAAAUUAAGAGACAAUUAAGCAAUAAAUAUAAGGAAGAAUGGGUCUGAAUGAGUUAUCAAGCGAAAAAGAAGAGGUUACGGGAGGGUUAGUUCAGAAAAUGGCUACAAUAGAUAUUCAAGAUUCGGCUAGUAUUAAGAGGACGGCAACGUAUGUUCCGCCUCAUCUUCGUGGUAGAAUAAAUGGUACGAGUGAUUCUCAGGGGAGUUUUGGAGGGCGGAAUAGUAUGUCGAUGCUUAGAUCAUCAACAUGGAAUACGAGUACAGAUGGGACGUAUAGUUCUAGAAAGUCUAGAUAUGGGUGUGAUUUAUUUUCGUAUAAAGGACAGAGUGAUCAGGGUUCAUGGUGGGACGGAAAACAUGUUAUUGGGACACGAAAUCAUCGUUUAGAGCGGGAACUUUUUGGGUCACAGUUUGACACGAAUACGAUGAGUACGGGGAUUAAUUUUGAUAAAUAUGAUGAUAUUCCUGUGGAAGUAAGUGGAACAGAUGUUCCGGAGCCUAUUUCAGUUUUUACGAGUCCUUUGGAUCCACAUCUUUUAAGUAAUAUUGAACUAGCGAAUUAUAAGAACCCGACGCCGGUUCAGAAGCAUUCAAUUUCUAUCGUAAUGAAUAACCGGGAUUUGAUGGCAUGUGCACAAACAGGGUCGGGUAAGACAGGAGGGUUUUUAUUUCCUAUCUUGUCAAAAAUGUUUCAAUCUGGACCGAAUGAUUUAUCGAAUCAUAUGGGAUAUACAUCAUAUAUCCGUCGAAAGGCGUAUCCAAUGGCAUUAAUUCUUGCGCCUACAAGAGAAUUAGUAAGUCAAAUUUAUGAUGAAUCACGCAAAUUUUCCUAUCGAUCGUGGGUAAAACCAUGUGUUGUAUACGGUGGUACGGAUGUUAGUUCUCAACUACGUCAAAUCGAACGUGGUUGUGAUAUGUUAACCGCUACACCGGGUCGUCUUGUUGAUUUGAUUGAACGUGGCCGUAUUUCUCUUUCAAACAUUAAAUACCUCGUACUCGAUGAAGCCGAUCGUAUGCUGGAUAUGGGUUUCGAGCCUCAGAUUCGUAGGAUCGUCGAAGGCGAGGAUAUGCCGGAUGUUCAGAAUCGUCAAACGUUAAUGUUUUCUGCCACAUUUCCUAGAGAUAUCCAGAUUCUUGCACGGGAUUUUUUGAAAGAUUAUGUAUUUCUAAGUGUUGGAAGAGUUGGCUCAACUAGUGAGAAUAUUACCCAAAAAAUUGAAUAUGUCGAAGAUACGGAUAAAAAAUCCGUUCUUUUAGAUAUUUUACAUACGAUGCCUCGUGGAGGUCUUACAUUAGUUUUCGUUGAGACUAAGAAAAUGGCUGAUACGCUUUCCGAUUUUCUAUUGAAUUCCAAUUUCCCAGCUACAAGUAUUCAUGGAGAUCGAACUCAACGUGAACGAGAAAAAGCCUUAGAAAUGUUUCGUGGUGGAAGAACACCGAUUAUGGUUGCUACGGCUGUAGCUGCCCGUGGACUUGAUAUUCCUAACGUAACGCAUGUAAUUAAUUACGAUUUACCUACCGAUAUUGAUGAUUAUGUACAUCGGAUCGGACGUACGGGUCGUGCUGGAAAUACUGGUAUUAGUACUGCCUUUUUUAAUCGUGGGAAUAGAAACAUUGUACGUGAUUUAUUAGAAUUACUUAAAGAAGCGAAUCAAGAAAUACCAUCGUUUUUGGAGAGUAUUCUUAGAGAAAAUAAUACUAUGAAUUGUCGUAGCAGUACAAAUACUAUACGUGGUCGUCGCCGAGGAGCUGGCGCAAGGGAUUAUCGUAAGGUUUCUAAUGAAAGCAAUUGUGACGAUUAUUCAAAUGAUAAUAAUUAUGGUUCUGUAUCGAAUAAUUAUUCCGAUAAGAAUUGUGGUAAUGGUUAUGGUUUUCAAUCAUAUGGAAAUCCAUCAAAAGUAACAAAUCAAAGUUGGUGGUAAAAAUAUGGCAGCAUACAAAUCAUCCUUAUAUUCGAUGUUUUUUUU